GCGAUGCGACGUUCAGUCACGGUUGGAGGCGGAAGGGGAAGCAGGACGGGGCUGUUUGGGAAGCAGAAGGCCGCCGGUGGAAGGAAAGGCCCUUUGAGGGACAUGACAGCAUCUCUAGAAAGAAAUAAGGAGUUAAGAGUGACCGAGCUGCGUUUGGGUACCUCAGUGGAGUCUUCUCCCCUUCGCCUCUCUACUACAGAAGGGAUAAGCGUGGAGAGGGCCCAGUUCUCCCCUCACCCUUAGGCCCCGAAAGCCAGGCCUGACUGGAAUAGACUGAUUUGUUUCCUUCGCUACUAAUUGGCUCCUCAGCAUGGUCAAGAAGAACACAAUCCCCGACGGAUGGCGGAAUGUACAAUCAGUUGGACAACCUAUACCAGGAACUCGAUUCAUUGCUUUCAAAGUACCUUUGAAAGGGGCAAUCAACCAAAGGUUGAUCCCAGUUCAAAGGUUUACACCAAAAGAUCUGAUUGCUGCAGUGAAAGCCCUUAAUGUGGAACUUGGCUUAAUUAUUGAUUUAACAUAUACCAGAAGAUACUAUGAAGUUAAGGAUAUGCCCAAAAGUUUGGAGUAUAAGAAGCUUUUUACAGUUGGACUUGAAGUACCAGAUGAUGCCACUAUUCUACAAUUCAAAAAAUGGGUCAGAAAAUUCCUAUGGGAAAAUGCAGAAAACGAAAAACUCAUUGGAGUACACUGUACUAAUGGAAUUAAUAGGACAGGUUACCUUAUAUGUAGAUACCUAAUUGAUGUUGAAGGCUGGGUCCCAGAAACAGCAAUUCAAGCUUUUGGAGAGGCUCGUGGCCACCAUAUGGAUGGUAAAAUAUAUCUUGCAGACCUCAGAACUCAGCCAAUGAGAAGCAAUCUGGGAAUGAACGUGUGGGAUGCUGAUGAAGAUAUAGUGCCACCACCAAAUGAUAUGGAUGGUCAUAUUGAAGAAUAUCCUAGACCUGCAAAGAGAUCAAGAGUUUACGAUGAUGGCCACGGUGACUUACCAGAACAGAUACGAUUGAGGGAAUUUGAUUUUAUUAAUAAAGGGCCCGGACAAAGGCGAAAGCCAUACUAUGAUCAACAGUUUCAAGAUGACCCAGAGCCUCAAGUAGAAAUGAGACAAAGACGUUUUGUAGACCACCAAUUUUAUGAUGAUUACCAAGAGGAAAUGCAGAGGAAUGAUUCAGACUUUGGCACUAGGGGAUCAGGGCAGAGGCUCAGACCUUGCCGUGACCCUCACCUUUGCGAUGACUUUCCAGUAAGUGCUCCACCAGAAGAUAUUAAUAUGGGCCGUGGAGAGAGACAAAGACAUUGUUCUGAGAACCCUCCUUCCAGUGAUACACUCAUGGAUUCACAGUACAAUAGGGGCCAUGGACAAAGACCAAGACCAUUGUAUGACACCCAGUCUAAUGAUGAAUAUCAGUCACAUAAGCAGUUUAAAAAUCCAGCAUUCCUCAACAACAGACCUGACCAUGACCAAAGAAUGAGACCAUAUCAUGACUGUUUCCCUCACGAAGAUAUACAAACACCAAUGGGAGACUUUGAGUUUGUUAGAAGGGGCCGUAGACAACAAAUAAUACCAAUCCUUGAUUACCAGCAUUGCAGUGAAUUACAAAGAGAGUUGCUAGCAGAAGAUUUUGAUGACAGAAAUUCCGAGUCAAGAUGCAGACCUUUUCACAACCCCCAGGCUUGUGAUGACUACAAUGAACAAGUGCAAUUUAAUGAUUCUGUAGACAGGGAGACUGAACAAAGGAGGAGGCCUUUUGGUGGUCAUUCGCCUCUUAAUAACACGCCAUAUGAAAGAUAUCCAGAAAGAGGUCGUUCUUAUCGUUCUCAGGAGGAUUUCCAAGAAAAACCCUUAUUUCACAGUGAUUGUGGCUCUGAUAAGGAAGACUACCACAGAAAUUGCAGGCCUGACUGCUCAGAGGAUUACAGAAGAAUUGCCUCUUCAGAUGAAGUUAUAAGAGGAGGAGAAACAAGGUUUGCGUCGUAUUCCUCGCACCCAGCGCAUGUCAUGUCAUCUUCCCACCAGGAAGUUACUUCAUCUUUGGUGGACUGUGAAAGGGGAUCUGAAUGCAAUGUCACAAGGGAGAUGGGUCAAAGGAAAAGGGUACCUGUGCUAACAAUUGAUUACAAUUAUGGGUUGCCUUUUAACUAUAAGGCUGAAGAGGAAGAUAGAGCACAUUGUGAUUCACAUCCAAGGAAGCGCUAUAUUUGGAAAUGAACCACAUACACGUAUGCAUGCGUUUUUCACCUAUUUUCUUUUUGUGUGUGGACCAAACUUCUCUCAAAAUGGAAUUUUUUUUAAAAUGAUAUUGGCAUCUGUGCACUAGUGGCUUAUUGUCUGAAGAGGAAUGCCUUGUCUCGACCAUAGCAGGAUGGCCUCCAUCCAUACAAUUUGGAUCACAAGCCAUCAAAGUAUGUCUUAUAAGACUAGUUUCCGCCACUGUUUGUUUGUUUACAUUUAGGUAGUCAUUAUAUUUCUUACAAGGAGACAUAUGUCCAACAUAAAUGAAUUAGCAGUAAUAUUUAUCUUUAGUUAAUUGGAAGGAUAUAGCAUAAGGCACAGCUGAAUUUGGCCUUUCUACACCACCAUAGUCAGAUAAUCAACAUUAUCUGCUUUGAACUGGAUUAUAUGAGUCUACACUGGCAUAUAAUCCAGUUCAAAGCAGAUAAUUUGAAUUUUAUAUGACUGUGUAAAAGAGUCUCUGUGUUUUCCUUCGUUUUAUCAUUUUGAAAUAGGCAUAGUAAUAUCAGCUUAUAAAACCUAUAACAAAAGAAUAUAAAGACUGUUCUCCAUAAAGUUUCACUAUGAAUUGGAUUAUGAUUUGAAAGGAAAGAAAACAUAUUACUGUAAAUAUUGAAAGCGUUAUGAUAACAUUGUUAAUUAAUUUGAUGGUAAGAAUUUGGGUUUCCUAAAGCAUUUCCUGUUUAAAAAUAGAGGCAAGGAUUGUUAUAGAAUAAAGCCUAUCACACUAGAAAAAAA